CCAGCGGGGGCGGUAACGAGCGCUAACGCAGUGAAUCUGCCCUGAAGAACACACGAAGAAGAAGCUGCUAGCCACUGUAAACAAAGCGGGCCGCCGGAGAGUCUGUCUGCAAAAUAAUGAACUUUAACACGAUAAACAGCCUGAGAAGGUGAAGUGACAGCAGCAGCGGCGAGCCUCAGCCUGCCAUGUCUCUGUAGAGGAGGAGGAGGAGGAAGAUGGCUGCUGAGCUGUUCCCCACCAAGAAGCUGCCCCCCUCCGCCUCGGCCACCAGCAGCAGCAGCAUCCAGCAGUACCAGCAGCAGAACCUGACCAACAACAACACCGUGCAGGGCUGCAACUGGCAGGGCCUGUACCCCACCAUCCGGGAGAGGAAUUCAGUCAUGUUCAACAAUGAGGUGAUGGCAGAUGUUCACUUCGUGGUGGGACCGCCGGGCGGGACGCAGCGAGUGCCGGGACACAAGUACGUUCUGGCCGUCGGCAGCUCGGUGUUCCACGCCAUGUUCUACGGAGAGCUGGCAGAGGACCAGGACGAGAUCCGGAUCCCCGACGUGGAGCCUCCGUCCUUCCUGGCCAUGCUGAAGUAUAUCUACUGUGAUGAGAUCGACCUGUGUGCCGACACGGUUUUGGCGACGCUCUACGCCGCGAAGAAGUACAUCGUGCCUCACCUGGCGCGAGCCUGCGUCAACUUCCUGGAAACCAGCCUGAGCGCCAAGAACGCCUGCGUGCUGCUGUCGCAGAGCUGCCUGUUCGAGGAGCCCGACCUGACGCAGCGCUGCUGGGAGGUGAUCGACGCCCAGGCCGAGCUCGCCCUGCGCUCCGACGGCUUCUGCGACAUCGACGCCCAGACGCUGGAGAGCAUCCUGCGCAGAGAGACGCUCAACGCCAAGGAGAUGGUCGUGUUCGAGGCGGCGCUGAACUGGGCCGAGGCCGAGUGCCAGCGCCAAGACCUGCCGCCGACCAUCGAGAACAAGCGGCUGGUGCUGGGCAAGGCCAUCUACCUGAUCCGCAUCCCCACCAUGGCGCUGGACGACUUUGCCAACGGGGCGGCUCAGUCCGGCGUGCUCACGCUCAACGAGACCAACGACAUCUUCCUGUGGUACACCGCCGCCAAGAAGCCCGAGCUGCUGUUCUGCACCAAGCCCCGCAAAGGCCUGGCGCCGCAGCGCUGCCACCGCUUCCAGUCCUGCGCCUACCGCAGCAACCAGUGGCGGUACCGCGGCCGCUGCGACAGCAUCCAGUUCGCCGUGGACAAACGCGUCUUCAUCGCCGGCUUCGGCCUGUACGGCUCGAGCUGCGGCUCGGCGGAGUACAGCGCCAAGAUCGAGCUGAAGCGGCAGGGCGUGCCCAUGGGCCAGAGGAUCAUCAAGUACUUCUCGGACGGCUCCAGCAACACGUUCCCCGUGUGGUUCGAGUACCCGGUGCAGAUCGAGCCCGACACCUUCUACACGGCCAGCGUGGUGCUGGACGGAAACGAGCUCAGCUACUUCGGCCAGGAGGGCAUGACGGAGGUGCAGUGUGGGAAAGUGACCUUCCAGUUCCAGUGCUCGUCCGACAGCACCAACGGGACGGGCGUGCAGGGAGGACAGAUCCCCGAGCUCAUCUUCUACGCCUGAGCCGGGAGGAGCCUCGCCGGCGGGGCGGGGCGUGGGUCGAGACGUGGAGACGCGUCUGUCCGGACCUUCUGCUGUCGAUCUGAUCGGUGAAGACGAUCCUGCUGGGACCAAAACCAAACCGGCGUCGUGGAUCAAACUCGUGUUCAGACGUCCGGAUGAACCCGACAGAUUCCUCCGACAGCAGCUCCUCUGAUUGGUCCGAACUCUCCCAGACAGCUGAGAUGCCUUGUGGGAAAACCUCCCUCCUCUCCCGCUUCACUGCCAGUGUUUCCAUGUGGGACGCAACCGCUUUUCAUUGACGAUUAAUCUAGAUUUUUUUUUUUUUUUGAAUAAUCUAUAACUCUUUCAGUCAACAAAGUGUCUAAAGUAUUAUCACACUGACCAGCAGCCAAUAAAAACAGGGAUUCAUUUCAGAAUGACAUGAACAGAGAAGAGGAAGACAAUCUCAGCUUCUUAUUGAGGCUGGAAUCCGACUCCGUUUGACACUUUUACUCCAUAAAUGGCAAAAAGGCUAAUCUGUUAUCAAAGUGAUUGAUAACGGGUGUGCAGAUUGACGAAUCAGCCUCAUGAUAAUGAAGGUUUGAGCUCGCUGGAUUUUUGCAUCUUUGCCGUGAACAGAUUCUUCCUCCUCAGUUUCUCUCAGUCACUCCUCUAAAGACACCGUGGUGCUCUGGCUUCUUGAUUUGAUGGAUUUCCUGGGCGUUUGGCCGGGACGGAGCGCAGGGAGACGUUUUUUUUUUAAGUGGAAACCAACAGGAACCAAGGGAAAGAAACUUUUUUUUUUUUUUUUUUUUUGAUGGGAUAGGUAGAGACAUCAGAUUGUUCUGUUUGAUUGGAGUCGAUCUUUGUUUCCACUCACCUGAGCAGCACAAUGUGACUGAAGGCAGGACGAGCAGGAUCAGGCGCUGCGGUUCGUAAACGCGACUUUCAGAGCUGAGCGAACCACCUGUCCAGAUGCAGUGAGGUCCAUCGCUGUCCUAGGAAAAGAAAAAAAUUGGCCCCAGGAUGGCAUCUUCAUCCUCCUCUCCCUCAGGUCCUUCCUCCAGGUGAAAGCCGACCUCAGAUUCACUCGUUUCUCCUGUUUCCCACCAUCUUCACAGCCUCCCUCCUAACAUCCUGCUCGUUCUGCCUUUAAAGAAAAACAUUUCCCAGGAGGUUGAGGGCGUGGGAGUGUGUUUCAGUGUGUGUGUGUGUGUGUGUGUGUGUGUGUUUCCAGAUGUUUCCUCGGUCAGGAUGUGGCUGCCUGCAGCUUCUUGCCUUAAACAUGAAGAGUUUUGUUCGUCUACUCGACUCGUUGUUGCUCCAAACUUUAACUUUGGGUUCGGUUUUGAGAAGCCCAACUCGUUCCUGCCGUUACUGAAGGAGCCGUUAAGAAAAAAAAAAAAAAAAAAAAAACAUGACGACACACUGGCGGUCUGACUUUAUACCUUGUGCAGAUGUUGUAAUAUUUUGUAAUCUUUGUAAUUUGAUAGUUUCUGUGUUAAAAGGUUUUCUACUUGUAUUUUGAAGCGUAACCCUCCUCUGGUGCUCCGUGUCGAUUUCCGCUUCUUUUGAACACUUGAGAUUUUAAGAUGAUGUGACUCGGUGAGCUAAAGGGGCAUUUCACCCAAAAUCCACCUGAACUCAUCCUGUCCCAGCCUGCAGUGUGAUCGGCUCUCCAGAAGGACUUUUUGUUUUGUUUAAUUAACUAAAAAUGACAUUGUAAAGCUAACAGACACUAUAUAACGGUUCUACUCCACUUUGUGUUAUAUCUGUAUUUCAACAGAUUUCCUUCACACCUUUACAUUUAUUCUCUGUAAUUCCAGCAUUUUGGAAAAUGUGAGAUUGUUUGUUUGUAUUCAUAUUCAGUCAAUUGACCCUUUAAGAAGAAAAAAAAAAAAAAAAGACUCAGCCGAAGCAUUUUAACGUUCCAGUCGUGUAAAUAUUUCCAUGUGGAAACCAAGAAGUCCUGAUGCACUACUUUAACUAAUCCCUUCAAACUGGGGGAAAAAAAAACAUUUUGUAUUUUAUUCUACACUAAGAAAACAUUUAUUUUAUUUUGUUUUUGGACAUCUUUUGUUUCCCAUCGGCUGACUCUGACCUGAAUGUGCGGCGACGCGGUGACAGUGGCCUUAUGGACGUGUGUCGUGGUGGCAGAUCUGGAAAUAAAGGUUAACAGUUUUUGUCCAA